AUGCUUCCCAUACGUCUCCUCCGCACGAUUCCCUCCGUGCGCCCCGUCGCAUCCUCCCCAUCACCAUGGCUUCAACUCAUCUCCGGCCAACGAAUCCCCUCAUACGUUAACCAAACUCGCCCCAUCACAACCACUCAAUCCACCCUCUUUUCCUCCUCCUCGCCAAUUUCCUCCUCCCCCUUCCGCCUCAACAGCAACAAUACCACCACCCCCCCGACAAACCCCGAACACGACACCCCGGAUUCCGAAUAUGCAUCAGACAAAUACGCCCCCUACAAACCCAAACGCACCUGGCCCCCAGACAUGCGCCGCCUCUCCCCCAAACACCAGUUCCGCCUCGAGCGCAAAUACCGCCGUCGCGCGGCGCUGAAAUUCGCUCGGCCCCAGUGGAUGAAGAUUACCAAGCUGGUGCAGUGGGGGGUUAUCUCUUUUGUGGUGUUAUAUGCGGUGCUCUUCAUGGAGUGGGAUGAGCGGGGGAGUCCGUUUGAUGAUCUACGCAAUGCUGUCUUCGGCGCUGUCAAGGGCGCGUUUUCGACUCCGGCGCCUCCAAGACCGGUGCAGAAGGGUGAUCAGUCUAGAGACUAG